CGCCCUCGCCCUCCAGGAGGCCGACGCCCUCCUCGCCGAGGAGGACCACUCGGCCGGACGCGACUCGACCCGCCAGCCCGACCACCACUUCAAGGCCGACCUCGAGCAGCUCGAGGAUGAAGAGUCGCUCCCUCGACCGGCGUCGGCAACCUCGGCGGUCCCCAAGAAGAUGCACCCGGCGCCCAUCAUCGCCAUCUGGAUCGCCCUCUCGUCGAGCGUCAUCCUCAUGAACGCCUGGAUCCUCGGCAACAAGGAGGGCGACCUCAACUUCCGGUACCCGAUCUUCCUCACCACGACCCACCUCGUGUACGCGACCCUCGCGACGCGCCUCAUGCGCCGGUUCACGCACCUCAUCGACGGCCUCGACAACGUCCAGAUGUCGUGGGACCGCUGGUACAAGAACAUCGUCCCCAUCGGCGCCCUCUUCUCGGCGUCGCUCAUCUUCUCCAACCUCGCGUACCUCACGCUCUCGGUCUCGUUCAUCCAGAUGCUCAAGGCCUUCACCUCGGUCGCCGUCUUGGGCAUGUCGGUCAUGAUGGGCCUCGACACGUGGGACAAGCGCAAGGCCGUGACCGUCAUCGGCAUCUCGGCCGGCGUCGCCCUCGCGUCGUACGGCGAGCUCCGGUUCGUCUUUAGCGGGUUCGUGUUCCAGUGCUUCGGGAUCCUGUUCGAGGCGACCCGCCUCGUCGCGAUCCAGAAGUUGCUCCAGGGCUUGCGCAUGGACCCGCUCGUGUCGCUGUACUACUACGCCCCGGUCUGCGCCGUCUUCAACGGCCUCCUCGUCCUGCCGUUCGAGGGCUGGGCGCCCAUCGAGCAGGUCCUCGACAAGGUCGGGCCCAUCACGCUCUUUGUCAACUGCAACGUCGCCCUCCUCCUCAACGUCAGCGUCGUGUUCCUCAUCGGGUGCGCGAGCUCGCUCGUGCUCACCCUCUCGGGCGUUCUCAAGGACAUUCUCCUCGUCACGGGCUCGGUCGUCCUGUUCGGCACUCCUGUCACCAUGAUUCAGCUCGGGGGCUAUACCGUGGCAUUGGCGGGUCUGUUCGUCUUCAAGACGAAGCCCGAGGACCUCGCCGUGUACUGGGCGCAGAUCAAGUCGGUCGUCGGGCGGUGAGCGGGUCGAAGAGGGGAGCGGGUUCUCCACGUCGCAGCGGACGUUCUUCAAUUCUAUUUCUCAAUCUCACAGUG